AUGCCAAAAAACUUUGUAGUGGUUGAGAUAAGAAGCUUUACUAAGGUGGAAGAUCUUGUUAAGAUUGAUGUUAAAACAAAGAAUUUGGUUAAAAUAAAAGGUUUUAUUAGUGCAAAAAAUCUUGAAGAAGAAGGUAUUCUUGAAAAGAAAAAUAUAGUUAAGAUAGGAGGUCUUAAAAGUUUUGUUGAGGCAGAAGAUCUUAAAAGUCUUGUUAAA